GGCCUCGUCCUUGUGGCUUAAUAUGCCAUCUUUUUAGAGAGACUAUACAGGCACUUCCGAGUUACCACCCGGGAGAACUGGUUUGUUUUUAAGGUACUUCGACGAGGGACGAUACUGGGAAAAAAUAAUGCCACAUUUCUUGUGGCCCGAGCCGCUGUCACCCGCACAACUCAAGCGACUAGAGGAGCAUAAAUACAGCGCCUCGGGUCGCUCCCUAUUUGAGCCACCGUGUCAGAUUUAUUGGAACUGGCUGGUCCAGCAAAUACCGACAUGGAUCGCUCCAAACACACUGACUAUUGUUGGACUCUUAGUCAACAUCCUGUCCACGGUGGUGCUUGUGUAUUAUUGCCCCACAGCAACAGAAGAGGCUCCAUCAUGGGCCUUCAUCCUGUCUGCUCUGGGCCUCUUCAUCUAUCAGUCUCUGGAUGCUAUUGAUGGGAAACAGGCCAGGAGAACAAACAGCAGCUCACCCCUCGGGGAACUCUUUGACCACGGCUGUGACGCCGUCUCCACAGUUUUUGUUUCCGUGGGAACAUGCAUUUCAUGUGGAAUAGGAAAGUACCCAAACUGGAUCUGGUUCUGUGGAUUUAUUGGGAUGUUCAUGUUCUUCUGCGCUCAUUGGCAGACUUACGUAUCAGGGACGCUUCGCUUUGGGCUGGUUGACGUCACGGAGGUGCAGUUUGCCAUCAUGAUCAUGUACCUGAUGUCUGCCUUCGGAGGCGUGAGCCUUUGGCAAACUUCGUUGCCCGUAAUUGGACUGCAGCUGUACGCCUUCCCCAUCAUGGGCAUCAUCGGGGGCGCCCUGUACUCCUGCUACAACUACUUCUAUGUGAUUUUGAACGGAGGAGUUGGCAAGAACGGCUCCACUGUGGCCGACACCAGCGUGCUGAGUCCUGGUUUGCACAUUGGCCUCAUCAUGAUGCUGGGUUUCAUCAUUUUCAAGAAGUCGUCCAGCCAUUUAUUUGAGCACCACCCCUGCCUCUACCUGCUCACCUUCGGCAUGGUCGCCUCAAAGAUCGCCAACAAGCUGGUGAUUGCACACAUGACCAGGAGUGAGUUAUACCUUCCAGACACAGCUUUUAUCGGGCCAGGCCUCCUCUUCCUCAACCAGUACUUUAACAGCUUCAUUGAUGAACACAUCGUCCUCUGGAUCGCCAUGGUCCUCUCUUUUCUGGAUCUGAUGCGCUACUGCGCAGGCGUGUGCCUCCAGAUCGCCUCCCACUUGCGCAUCCGGGUGUUCAGCAUCACGCCGCCGAGCAACGCCCACCGUGACUGACGGCUUGCCCGGCGGGAGGAGGCAGGGGGAGACGCAGAUUUCUCCCCGCUCCUGAAAGCAGACGAUGACCACCACGAGGAGGAGAGACCCUCGACCCAGAGCCGCUGCAGCCUCGACAAAGUUACCACUUCUGAUUAAAGCUGCUCAAGAAGGAACAAUUCAACCGACCCAACACUAGAAACCAAAAAAAACAAAAAAAAAGAAUCAGUUUCUUUUAAAAUUCUUUUUGGAGAAGCCAAUCAGUUUUUAAUUUGAGCAUCAAUGCAUGUUUUUAGAAAUUGAAUUUUAAUUUUACAUCUAAGAAGCAUUUCCUGCUCAUUUGAUCUAAAAACCAAAAGUUUUUCAUAUUUUGGGGAAACAAAGCAUUUUUAUCUGCUUUAAACUUAAAGGCAUGGAUUUAGUUUAACAUUAAUUAAUAAAGAGUCACCAAAACCUCUAAUAUCAAACUAAUCAGUUUUUAUUUGAACAACUUGUCUUUGUAUUUAUUAAAUGCUUCAUUUGACACGAAUUACAGCUUUAAAUUGCAAAAGACAAUAAAACGAAUGACCUUUAAAACCUCAAACUCCAAUGAAGUGUCCGAUGUGAACUGGCAGGUUGUAGACGAGCUCUGUGAAAGGUUAAAGGUCACAUGUUGAUGCUGAAACAGACGACGGUCAUCCUUUAGGUUUACCACAAACACCACUCCAAACUUUAUAACCCGUUGCUCAUGUUUUCCUGGAAAUAUUGAAUUUAAACGCACCGACCUGGACCGGCUGAGUACCGUCGACCGAUGAAGCAUCAACACUCGACUUGUUCUGCUUUCUCAUUUCCUCUCCCUAAAGGGCUAAGAUUAAUUAUGUAUGAUUAUACAGAAAUGAACUGAA